GACACUAGCUAACACAAGUCAGUACGCUGUUAGCUGUCAGUUGCAACGGAUCGUAUAUACAUAGAACUUUGUGAUCCAUUAAAAUGUGCACUAACAAGUGGGAAUCCGAUGAGGAGAUCCAGUAUUUCCGCGAGUAUCUGCGCAUUCCAAGUGUUCAUCCCGAUCCGGACUAUAAACCAUGUGUCGAGUUUUUGAGUCGUCAGGCAAAGCUGAUUGAUCUGCCUCUCAAGGUAUUUUAUCCAGCGAAUAAUCAGAAUCCCGUGGUGAUCUUGACAUGGAAAGGUCUCCAACCUGAGUUGCCCAGCGUUCUGCUGAACUCCCACAUGGACGUAGUUCCAGUAUUUCCCGAAAACUGGACCCAUCCACCAUUUGGAGCAGAUAUUGAUGAGGAGGGUCGCAUUUUUGCUAGAGGAACACAGGAUAUGAAAAGUGUGGGAAUGCAGCAUCUUGCAGCUAUCAGAGCGUUGAAAAAAAGUGGAGCCAAAUUCAAACGAACUAUCCACAUCUCAUUUGUAUCAGAUGAAGAAAUGGGUGGUCGUUAUGGAAUGCGACCCUUUGUGCCCACUGAUGACUUUCGUGCCCUUAAUGUGGGAUUUGCAAUGGACGAGGGUUUGGCGUCCCCCAACGAGGCUUUUACUCUCUUUUAUGGAGAGCGGGCUGUGUGGCGUGUGUAUUUCAACAUCAGUGGAUCGGCAGGUCAUGGAUCCCUUUUGCUGCCGAACACUGCUGGCGAAAAGCUCAACUAUAUAGUUGGAAAAAUGAUGGAGUUUCGUAAAACUCAGGUCCAGAGAUUACAGAAUAAUCCUGAGUUGGUCAUUGGCGAUGUGACGACCAUUAAUUUGACAAAAGUCAGUGGCGGAGUUCAGAGCAAUGUGGUGCCACCUUUGCUGAUGGUGGCUUUCGAUUGUCGUUUGGCUCUGGAUCUUGAUAUAGUGGAGUUUGAAGCCAAUCUACACAAAUGGUGUGAUGAUGUGGGUGGUGGCAUCGAGAUAACCUACGAACAAAAACAACCUAAGGUUCCGCCCACUGCCAUCGAUAAUAGUAAUCCUUUCUGGGUGGCUUUCAAAAAAACCACCGAUGAAUUAAAGCUGUCCAUUAAUCCAGAAAUAUUUACCGGAGGAACUGACAGCAGGUACAUUCGCGCUGUUGGCAUUCCAGCUUUGGGCUUCUCCCCCAUGAACAAGACACCCGUACUUCUCCACGAUCACGAUGAGUUCAUUCAGGCGGACAUCUAUAUACGGGGCAUUCAGAUAUUCGAGAAAAUUAUAAGCAACGUAGCUAAUGUCUAGUUAAUCCCCAUAAUCUACUGUGUUCUUUCCUUUGAUGCAUAUAAUAACGGUUAUGAGAUAAAAAUAAACUUCUUGAAGAGAUAUCUUAAA